AUGAUGGAGAUCAGACAAGGCCACCCAACCAUGGUCAAAUUUUAUUUUAUGGAUUUUUCGGAGAACAACUACUCUACAAUUCUUGCAAAGCGCCGACAAGGUCUGCAGCAUAACGCUUAUUUGUCUGAUGACACUUUACAACGUCUAGAAUUGUACCUUCGCCAGAACAACUCCUUUGUCAAGGCUUUUAAGACCACGAAGGAAAUUGAAUUGGAGGAACGCCAAAGAGCACUGGAUGAAAAUCGUCCGUUCCGUGACGUAGUAAUAGUCAUCAAUCCUAAAGAUCCUGCAACACGUGUCGUCCGUGUUGAUGACGAUUACGUCGAUCGUUUACUGAGAGGUACUCAGUAUACUAUUACGCCAGUUGCUGAUGGUGUAGGCGCAAUUUUUACUGGUCUAUUGCCUCCAAUGUCGGACGAUGCCAAGUAUUUCCCAAGACCUCAGGAAGCGGGUGAGCACGGCCCUGGUACAGUUGGACCUUCACGAAGAACUUUAAACAUUCAGCAAUUUCCCUUGCUUCAUUUGCAUGGUGAAACUAGUCAUCUUGAUAUGGCUGAGGAGCGUGCUAAUCGCACUCCUCUUGCUGAGUAUUAUCGAUAUCGGAUUGCAUUCCGUGAUGCCGAUUUUAAUGUUCUUCAUGAGGCCAAGAAGCUUUUUGCCAUGUACCUAAUAAAUGGUGCCUUAAUAGUCCUAUAUGAAUGGUUGUCGUAUAGAGCCUCUCAUCAGGAAACUCUCAAAGCUGAGAGUUAUAACACUCUUCGUCAAUUUGUGGCAGCAAGGGCGUUAGAACAGGGGAGAAGAAUUGGCGGGAUAGUCAUCUUGCCACCUGGUAUUUAUGGUUCACCGCGUUAUAUGAAAAAUCUGUUUUAUGACGCUCUUGCUGUUUCCCAAAAAUUGGGACAUCCAUCGUGGAUGGUGACAUUGACUUGCAACUCCAAAUGGCCUGAGAUUAUACGAGAAUGUAACCGUAGUGGCACUGAUCCUAACUACAGGUAUGACAUUGUCAAUAGAGCUUAUGAGAUGCGUGCCACUCAACUGUUCUCUGACAUAGUUCGUGAACAGAUUUUUGGAAAAGUAGCUGGAGAGAUGACCGCGAAUUCCAAGGGCGUGGUCUCACUCAUACACAUGGGUUGUACAUCAUGA